CUCGCCAACGGAAAGCUCAGAUGCUUUAGUCCUCUGUAACGUUGUUGUGUCAUCAUGUCCGGUCGCGGUAAAGGCGGCAAAGGUUUGGGCAAAGGGGGUGCUAAGCGGCACAGGAAAGUGCUCCGAGACAACAUCCAGGGCAUCACCAAGCCCGCUAUCCGUCGUCUGGCUCGGCGCGGGGGCGUUAAGCGUAUCUCGGGGCUCAUCUACGAGGAGACCCGUGGCGUGCUGAAGGUGUUCUUAGAGAACGUGAUCCGGGACGCCGUCACCUACACCGAGCACGCCAAGAGGAAGACGGUCACUGCCAUGGACGUGGUCUACGCUCUCAAGCGCCAGGGACGGACCCUCUACGGCUUCGGCGGCAGCUCCAGCGCGCUGGGGCUUCAUAUCCUUUGUUUCACUCUUCAAUUCAACAUGUCUGGUCGUGGCAAGGGAGGUAAGGGGCUUGGCAAAGGGGGUGCCAAACGGCACAGGAAGGUACUCCGAGACAACAUCCAGGGUAUCACCAAGCCCGCUAUCCGCCGUCUGGCUCGGCGUGGGGGCGUCAAGCGUAUCUCGGGGCUCAUCUACGAGGAGACCCGCGGGGUACUGAAGGUUUUCCUGGAGAACGUGAUCCGGGACGCCGUCACCUACACCGAGCACGCCAAGAGGAAGACAGUCACCGCCAUGGACGUGGUCUACGCCCUUAAACGCCAGGGCCGUACCCUCUACGGCUUCGGCGGCUAAAUUCUAACAUCCUUCACAAAAUAAAGGCCCUUUUCAGGGCCACACA